GAACGGUAUAUGGGCAUCGCAUAAUUGUCCGAUUGAAGUCGUAGGUUUUAUUUCUAACUUUGGUCUAGGAUUUGUUCUGCCCUCAUCUUUCUACACCCGUCCUGCACAAUCUCUAGCCUAUUCUCUUCCCUCUACAUUCUAAGACCACCAAAACCAUGACCGCAACAGCUGUCAACAGCGACUUGCCCGCCAACCAAGAUGGACGUCCUCAGAUACUCCGCGUGGGUAUUAUCGGGGCUGGAGAAGUAGCACAAUGCGUACAUCUACCUACAUUGGCUCUGCUUUCGCAUCUAUACACUGUUACAGCUAUCUGUGACAUAUCCCAAGAGUCCGUCGCCCAUUGCUCCACGAAAUUCAAUGUCCCGCGCACCUAUAGCCAAUCCGAGGACCUCUGUGCAGAUCCCAACGUCGAUGUUGUAUUCGUCCUCACCUCGGACGAAUUCCAUGCGACUCAAGCCAUCACCGCUCUUCAACACGACAAACACGUUCUUAUCGAGAAGCCCAUUUCGCUCUCCCUCCCUUCAGCGCAGCGCAUUUUAGAAGCGGAGAAGCAGUCUAAGGGCAAAGUUUUCGUGGCUUACAUGCGCCGUUAUGCCGCUGCUCUCCAGGCUUUCCGAGAUGAGAUACCAAGUCCGGACGAGAUCAAAUUUGUGCGCGUCAGAGACAUCAUUGGACCCAAUGCGCAUUUUGUGCAGCAAUCCGGCACAUUUCCCCAACAAUUUCGCGAUUUCCCAUCAGAUGCGCUCGCCAAGCGUACGGAAGCUGCUGAGGCUCUGAUUAAGGAGGUGUAUCCGCAACAUAAAGAGAUUACACCAGAGAUGACAGUCUUCUGUCGCUUCCUGGGUGGUCUGGGCUCGCAUGAUCUAUCUGUCAUGCGCGAGGUUCUCGGUAUGCCCAAAGCAUGUACUGGCGUCAGCAUGCAUUCCCUGUUUUUCACAGCCACAUUCGAGUAUGAGAGCUUUGCUGUUUCUUACGAAAGUGGACUGGAUGGGGUGCCUCGCUUCGAUGCUCAUGUGCAAGUGUACGGCGCGAACAAGACUGUAAAGCUGCAGUACGAUACACCAUACGUCAAAGGUCUUCCCAUUACGGUCACCGUUGACGAGAGCACUCCGUCGGGUGGAUACCAACAAAGAACGGUGUUGCCAACGUAUGAAGACGCAUACACAGCGGAGCUGACUGAGCUAUAUGCAUGUUUGGUCAAAGGCAAAGCCAUCAAAACCACUGUUGCAGAUGCACUUCAGGAUUUGGAAAUUUUCCGCAUGGUUCUGCAACGCGCAUUUCCUCUAACAUAGGUCUUUGUAGUCUGAUUAGAUGUGUUAGAAAUAAAAAUUGUGCUAGACUUUAUAAUCUAGCCUCAACAGCCAUUGAUGCUUGUAUCUUAUAAUAUCAUAACUUAAUGCAAUUUGUUCAAUCCG